AUUUAAGCACCCCUUGCUCACCUCCUAUCCACCAACACAAAUCACUUGCAAAACCAACACAAACACAACACAAGCAACACACACAAGCUUCUCCUUCCAAAAUACUCCUCAACUAGCUAAGUCUAAGCUUCAUCGAUCCAAGCAAGCUAAGCCAUGGUGCUCCAACACAGUGAUCGCAUGGACAGCCUCUUCUCCCCACAGACGAGCUGGGUGAGCGGCCCGAUCAUCGUGGGCGCCGGGCCGUCGGGGCUCGCCGUGGCGGCGAGCCUGCGGGAGCAGGGCGUGCCGUUCACCAUGCUGGAGCGCGCCGACUGCAUCGCGUCGCUGUGGCAGAAGCGCACCUACGACCGCCUCAAGCUCCACCUCCCCAAGCAGUUCUGCGAGCUCCCGCGCAUGGCGUUCCCGGCGCACUACCCGGAGUACCCGACGCGCCGCCAGUUCAUCGACUACCUCGAGGACUACGCCGCCGCGUUCGACAUCAACCCGCUCUUCGGCCACACCGUGCUCUCCGCGCGCUACGACGAGACGUCCGGCCUGUGGCGCGUGCGCGCCUCCUCGUCCGCCGGCGCCGAGAUGGAGUACAUUGGCAGCUGGCUCGUCGUCGCCACCGGCGAGAACGCCGAGAGCGUCGUCCCGGACAUCCCCGGGAUCGAUGGGUUCGGCGGCGAGGUGGUGCACGUCGCCGACUACAAGUCCGGCGAGGCGUACCGCGGCAAGAGGGUGCUCGUCGUCGGGUGCGGCAACUCCGGUAUGGAGGUGUCGCUGGACCUGUGCGACCACGGCGCACGCCCGGCGAUGGUGGUGCGCGACGCCGUCCACGUCCUCCCCCGGGAGGUGCUCGGCAAGUCCACGUUCGAGCUCGCCGUGCUGCUCAUGGCGUGGCUCCCGCUCUGGCUCGUCGACAAGAUCCUCGUCCUCCUCGCCUGGCUCGUCCUCGGCAACCUCGCCAAGCUCGGCAUCCGCCGCCCCGCCACCGGCCCGCUCGAGCUCAAGAACACCACCGGCCGCACCCCGGUGCUCGACUACGGCGCCCUCGCCAGGAUCCGCUCCGGCGAGAUCACCGUCGUCCCCGGCGUCGCCCGCUUCGGCAGGGGCUUCGCCGAGCUCGCCGACGGCCGCGUCAUCGCCCUCGACGCCGUCGUCCUCGCCACCGGCUACCGCAGCAAUGUGCCCCAAUGGCUCCAGGGAAAUGACUUCUUCAACAAGGACGGGUACCCAAAGACGGCGUUCCCCAACGGAUGGAAGGGUGAGUCGGGGCUGUACGCCGUCGGCUUCACCCGGCGCGGCCUCUCCGGCGCCUCCGCCGACGCCAUGCGCGCCGCCAAGGACCUUGCCAGGGUGUGGAAGGAGGCGACGAAGCCAACCAAGAAGAGCACGGCGUGCCACCGGAGGUGCAUCUCCGUCAUCUUCUAAGCCGCCGCCGGCCACCGUUGCUACUGCUACUCGAUCCAUCAAUCCCCUUGGUUAAAUUCGUUGUUGAUUAAGAUUGGUUCUUUCUUUCUUUCUUGAAGAAUUAAAUUAAAUUAAGCUAGGAGAGUGUGAUCAUACUACGUUGCUAGGUUAGUGAUAUUGUAGGACACAGCAGUGAGAGUGGGAGAGUAUAAAAAAAAAUAAGGUUAAUUAUUUGAGAGUUGAAAAAAAAAGAAAGAAAAAGAGAGACAAGGUGGAGCCCUCUCGUCAGUGGGAAGUGAGAGCCCUAGGGGAUUUUUACUGCAGCUAGAGGCGUCUGGUGUACAGAAGAAGUGAGCUUGCCAGUUGAUGGAAGAUGAGGCUCUUGUCAUUGACCUAUUGUUUCUUUUGUUCUAUAUAUGUAUGUAUAAUCUUAUAUAAUAUCCCCUACUAGUAGUAUGUAGUGGCCUUAAUUAAUCUGAUGAUGAUGAUUAGUAGUAGUAGUAGUAGUAAGCACCUCUUAGUUUAGUUGUUACUGCCUCUCCAGUGACAGUUCUUUUGUAAUCUUUGCAAUCACCUUUUGUAACUCCCUUUGUAUAACAACUCUUUACUUGAGAGUUGAGAGUGAAUAUAUAUAUAACUAGUGUAAUGUUUUGCUUGAUUUUUACCA